AAAAAAAAAAGAAAAGGAAAAAAAGGCAGAGUGUGAGAGUGAAGGGGUAAGAAAAAGGGAGUGAGAGAUCUCUCUCGCUGAAUUUGCGAAAGAAAAAAAAAACCAGAACCAAAACAAUGGCGAACCUCAGAGCUUCUUCGCGUACUUCACCUCGGAGCUUCUUCUGCUUCUCCUUCAAGUCCUUGGCUUUCACCACGGCACUCGCCAUUCUCAUCUUCUUCUCCUUCUCUUGCCUCUUCACUGCUCGCACAGAUUCUUCUGAUCUCUCUAACUUUGUUUUGAGUACUAGUUCUCUGAGAGUUGGAUCCACGAGAAGGACCGUGCUGGCGCUCAAAUCGGAUCCUCUCAAGCCCCGUCUAGACCAGAUCCGAAAGCAAGCCGACGAUCACCGUGCCUUGGCGGUCGCCUACUCUGUCUUUGCGCGAAAGCUCAAGCUUGAGAACUCGAAGCUCGUCAGGAUCUUCGCCGAGCUCUCGCGCAACUACACCGAUCUCAUGAACAAACCCUCGUAUCGCGCACUGCUGGAAUCCGACGCGCUCUCCAUCGACGAGUCUUUGUUGCGCCAAUUCGAGAAAGAGGUAAAAGAGCGCAUCAAAGUCACCAGACAGGUGAUUUCCGAAGCCAAAGAAUCUUUCGAUAAUCAGCUCAAAAUCCAGAAGCUGAAGGACACGAUUUUCCAAGUGAAUGAGCAAUUGACGAAAGCCAAGAAGCAAGGAGCUUUCUCAAGCUUGAUUGCUGCGAAAUCAAUCCCGAAAAGCGUGCAUUGCCUUGCAAUGAGGUUGAUGGAGGAGCGAAUUGCCCACCCUGAAAAGUAUGUAGAUGAAGGAAAGCCAACCCCGCCUGCUUUUGAAGAUCCAAACCUUUAUCAUUAUGCUAUAUUCUCAGAUAAUGUGAUUGCAGCUUCGGUGGUGGUGAAUUCUGCUGUGAAGAAUGCAAAGGAGCCAUGGAAGCAUGUUUUCCAUGUAGUGACGGAUAAGAUGAAUCUUGGAGCAAUGCAAGUGAUAUUCAAACUAAAGGACUAUAAUGGGUCGCACAUUGAAGUGAAGGCGGUGGAGGAUUACAAGUUCUUGAACUCUUCUUACGUGCCAGUGCUCAGGCAGCUUGAAUCUGCAAACUUGCAAAAGUUCUACUUUGAGAAUAAGCUCGAGAAUGCAACCAAGGAUACGACCAAUAUGAAGUUUAGGAACCCGAAAUAUCUGUCAAUCUUGAACCAUCUGAGGUUUUAUUUGCCGGAAAUGUACCCGAAAUUGCAUAGGAUUCUGUUUUUGGAUGAUGAUAUAGUGGUCCAGAAGGACUUGACAGGGUUGUGGAAGAUUGAUAUGGAUGGAAAGGUGAAUGGGGCAGUUGAGACAUGUUUUGGUUCAUUCCAUCGGUAUGCACAGUACAUGAAUUUCUCCCAUCCUUUGAUCAAGGAGAAGUUUAAUCCCAAGGCAUGUGCAUGGGCUUAUGGAAUGAACUUCUUUGAUUUGGAUGCCUGGAGAAGGGAAAAGUGCACAGAACAGUAUCAUUACUGGCAAAAUCUGAAUGAGAACCGAACCUUGUGGAAACUGGGGACAUUGCCACCAGGUUUGAUCACAUUUUACUCAACAACAAAGCCAUUGGACAAGUCAUGGCAUGUUCUGGGACUCGGAUACAACCCUAGUAUUGGCAUGGACGAGAUUAGAAACGCUGCAGUGGUGCAUUUCAACGGAAAUAUGAAACCUUGGCUUGAUAUUGCAAUGAAUCAGUUCAAGCCACUUUGGACAAAAUAUGUUGACUAUGAUUUGGAGUUCGUUCAGGCCUGCAAUUUCGGUCUUUAAAAUGAUAGAACUAGUUAAAACAAUCUAGUUGGAGGAUCUGCUCAAUGCCUAGUCCAGCAGCUAGUUUUCUUUUUGUGGGUUCCAUUGCUACUUCCUUCACGUUAGACAAGUACACUCUCAUCCAGCAUAGAAGAAAUUUGCGUCAAUCCAAGUGUAGCAUACUUAUUUCGUAUAUUAAUUAUAGGUUUCUCUUCAACGUGUCUAUAUGGGUUAAAUUCAUUUUGAACAUGUUAAUCAUUAAGAUAUAUUGAUGGAAAUCUACAGAAAAAAGGUGUUUUAAGCUAUCUUUUGCUUUUUGUGACACCUUGAGACUUCAGAGAACUUAUGUUUUAUUUCCACGCAUAUAAUAUAAGUCAAGUAACAAGCAUAGCUGAUGGUAUUCGUGAUA